CUCGAAUUCUUCAAGAAUGCUCUCACGAACCAGACACCUGUCAAUGUCAGCGGGCAUGUGCAUGCGUGUCUUAUCACUCGAGCCAAUCUAACUGGUUCCGAGUGGUCCAUGUCUCCUGGCGAAUAUCGAAGCUAAUGAGCUUGACAAGCCUCUGAUCGACGGUAGUCCCCAUCAUCACAAUCAAUCAUCCUGGUCAUGUUUAGUCUCGAACUUUCUCAAAGCCUCAUCUCCUACCCCGGCCACCACUGACCUAGUUCGAAAAGCCUUGUUGGUACGGUGCAAAAUUAUGUCCGGCGUCUACCAGACAUUGGUCCGUUACUAGCUACGGAGUAAUGUCCUCGUCAUUUCGUUUGUUUGAACAGCAGAAGCGACCUCGAACAUAGCCUCUAUCUCGCUUGCUUACCACCUUGGAUUCAGGCCUUGUGACCACUUUCUUUAACGGAGCAAUGUCCAGCUUAUACAUCGAUGACCCAACGUGUUCUCUCUGUCAGCCACCAACUUUGAUGUUUGCGCGAGUUUGAAGAAAGCCAGUUCCCGUGCUUGAUGUUGUAUUGACAAAAUUUGGGACCGGGAAGGAAGGGAUAUUGGAUCAAGUCGAGCCGGCGGAAGGAAGCAUGGAAAUACCUGCCAGAAAUGCGACCGCUUCACCAUCUGUCAAAUGCUCGAGUUGCGGUCAAGAUGUUGACUUGUCGGUCAUGACCGACCACAAAUGCGCCACAAGUACACCAGGCACACCAGCGAUGUCCAUGCCACCGCCAUCCCUCCCUCGGACAGAGUCGUCGCAGAGCUUAGGCGAACCACGUCCACAACGGCCACUGCUACCUAAAAUUGACGCUGCAGCUGCCUUUCGACCACCGGUCUUUCACGGUGAACUUACUCCGGCCAGCAGCGGACACAGCUCGAUGGUCUCCCCAUUGAGUGCCACUUCUGGCCCAAGGUCUCCAUGGCCUGCGGUGCGAAAAGGUUCAUUGCCUGUUUCACGUCGACCGCCCUCUCCAGAACUCACAAACCUUGACUGCGCCUUCCCACCAUUUCCUUUGCCCUCGAGGGCUCCUACAACGAAACGGAGAGACAAGUCUUCCACACAAAGAAGCGACACGCAACGAUCCAGGUCGAGAGAUGCCUCCAGAUCGUCCCGCCAGAACAGCAGACCAGUUCCUUUGUCAAGAGCAGAAUCUUCAAAUAAUUUGUCUCUGGGUGCGCAGGAAACGCAGCUCCCGGACAAGCGAUGGCCUUCAACGCCGUCGAGCAGAAAGAACUCGUCGAGCACCAGGAGUAACAGUCGUCAGCAGAGCCUUGACAAAUUGCCGGAGCUUCAUGUCACAUCAUCGGAGGAGCAGCGACCUUCGACAUCACCAUCACCAUCACACCCGAAUGAGCCAUCUCAACCACCAAACCGGCCUGCUCAACUCUUGAGAUCAAAUACCGAGCCACCUGCGCGGCCUGACGCUGUAGACCCGGGUCUCAGCGCAUUUGACUUUGGCACCAUUGAGAACAACAUGACCAAACAUCCAGAUACCAAUAAUGACUUAAUGUUUAAUUCUUCUCGAAUCGCGGAAAAGCCCAGGACUGAGACCCUGCCAUCUUACAAAUCAAAAGCACCCCCUCCUAUAGCUGGACCUCCGCCGCCGCCUGCUGUUCUUAGCAAGAUGAGGUCGCCUACGACUCCCCAACCUUCACCACCUGGUGUUUUCUCGGCCACAUUCGGAAGGCUCUUCGGUCGACGCCGAUCCCAGUCUACCAGUUCUAGACGCGAAGUCGUGCGACAAGCUCUGAGUGAUGAGCCAGACAUUUACGAGGAAGGCAGUGAAGGGCGAAGUGUCCUCAGCCUGGAUAGCGACAAAUCCUUCCUGCUCGACCCGUCUCCGAUCUUGCCAACAACGCCGUUAACGCCGCCUGCGCCCCUGCCGGUCCAUGAGGAAGCACUAAAAGCACUCGAAGGAGAGACAUCUGCUCCCUCCACUACGCCAGUUGUGGUAAUCGAACCCACGCCGGAAGACGAAGAACGGGAAACUGCUCCUGUCACACCGUCCGAGCCUGUGAGGCAUCCCAGAAUUUCAACUAUCGUGGAAGAACUUCCCGAAAUCGAAACCUUGCCGACCAGCAAGGCCACUCCUCGAGACUCUAUUGACUCUGCCUCAUCCUACGGCUCGAUUGGAUUUUCCGAACACACUUCCAGUUCGAGGUCCAGUUCUCCUCAGACCGACCCUUUACACAUCAAACCCAUUGGAGCCUCGAUUUCGGGCCUGCUUAUUCCAGAUAGCGUCGAUGUCCCGGCACCGUUACGACCUCGUAUACCCGAAAUAUCUUCCGAAUUGCCCGCAGAACCACUUUUCCAGCAGGGCCACAGCCCUCCCACUUCAGAGAAAGGAUCUCUAGAUCAACAGCCAAAUAACUCUGUCAUGCCAACAUCCCACGGUCCUGGGUCAAACCCCACGCUAGCUGAAGCGCCUGCAGAAACGACAGCAGUUGUGCAGUCAGAGGUCCGCAUAAAUCGCAAGGUCAAACCGGUAGCCCCAAACAAGGGUAUCUGUCGUGGCUGCUCGAAAGUCAUCUUGGUGUCACAGAAGUCGGUAUCGAGCGCUGACGGUUUGCUCACGGGCCGGUAUCACAAAGAGUGUUUUGUUUGUCACACAUGCAAGACGGCAUUUCCUACAGCCGAAUUCUAUGUCCACAGUGAUCACCCAUAUUGUGCGCAUCAUUAUCACGAGCUGGAAAAUUCGUUGUGUGCUACGUGUGGCAAAGGCAUCGAAGGUCUGUACAUGGAGACGGCCAAUGUGGCGGGUCGAGGCAAGGAAAAGCACCACCCAGAGUGCUUGAAGUGCACGACUUGUCAUGUCCGACUCGAUCACGAUUACUUUGAAUUGUCUGGCAAAGUGUAUUGUGAACGGGAUGCGUUCCGACUUGCGAGUUUGCCCAAGUCUCGAGAUAACGCUCCUAGUCGCCCGAGCCCGCUGAUUCGGGAAUACAUCAGCAGUGGGCAAGAUCCUGGAAUGGUGAAGGGAAGAAACUUCCCGGAACGGAGGGUGACCAGAUUGAUGAAUAUGACCUGAUUUCACGGCAGCGAGGAGUUUCACGAAUUAGUGGGCGUCUGUGAGCUAUCAGAGGGAUGUAUAUCGUGGGACAAGACAUUCAUGAUCUAGUCGGUAAGGUGCAAGAAUGGUUUGUGGUUUGCACGACAUCAAUCUCGAUUGAGAUGCACUUGAUUGUCCGGGUCCUUGCUGCAUCGCAAUUGUGGUCUCUGUGGGUGCCCCGGUGGGUUGGCGAAUUGUUCGCGGGAUCGACAACGCCUCGUCAGUCAGGGAGUGGAUAUACUAUAUGAUAAUGUAUGUACCGCAUUGAUGUGCCCCGCAAAAAGCACGCUCUCAUAUUCUUG